AUGAAGGGUUUCGGGGCAGACAAGUCUUCGGGGCCCCCCGCGAGGAGUACUUAUAGCAGCGUUCCUGGUGCUGGCGAUGUGCCCAAUCGCCUGGAUUUGGGGGGCACUCGGGGUUUAAUUGGAGUUCUGUUUCCUUGGACUCGCGUUGAAAUGACGAAAGACAUGAUCUGCAAAGGCGCGAUAAGUGCUUUCGUGGGGGUCCUGCUAGGCAUCGUAUCUUCGCUCAUAGUGAACUGCACGCUGGUGGAAAUAUCGGUUUCUUCUUUCUUUUCGGUUUAUCUUGGCAUCGUAUUCAUCACAGUCGGCGCUGUCAUUCUCUGGCGGAUCAACGUAAAUGCGGAUGAGGCCUCCCAUGGCCGGAAGCUGCAGCUGACGUUCUUUGCCGGUUUGAUCGUGUUUUCAGGUGUUUUGUGUUUUCUGCUGAAGCGCAAUUGGUUUGUGGGCCUGCAUCCGUUGCUUAAGGUGCCGCUUUACACGGUCUUGGGUGUAUCAGUAGCUUUUGCUCUGACCUUUUCGCUGGUAGAUGUCGUGAAUUACCUCUUUUCUUUCUUCCAGUCCUCAGUGGCUAAGCCGCUCGUCGAGUCGCGCGAACAGGCCUACAUGGUGCUAUUCUUCACUCUCGUCAUGGGGGGCAUCUUCGGCUGUAUAUUCGGCAUGAUGGAUGUAGAAGAUGAAAUGCAGUACCAAAUCAAAUUGGCACUUCUGCGCGAGCAGCAAUUCUGCUACCCCCUUGGCGCCAUCAUAGGCGGCCUCGCCGGCUUCAGCAACGAAAUCCUAAGACAGGCAGAACAGAGAAUUCGUUACUGCUCAACGGAAUUUGAUGAAGACAUCUAA